AUGGGACGGCGAUUGCGAACAGCAGCGACGAGUGAUGCUAGCAAGGGAGCUGUGCUCGCCGUAGUGUCAGGACUUCUUUUGAUGUUGCGGACGAGGUCUGGAAUUGUUCCGGUUCUGUUUCGGACAUUUUCUGCCGAAUCAGUCACUGAGAGGAAGCUUCCGAAUGUUACGAUUCCACCUGCAAUUAAGCGAGGGCCAACCGACUUACUCCAUGCCCUGUCAGAAACUGUUGGAGUUGAUACCACUGCACCACAUUUUGCCUUCAUAGAUGACCCUGCAAUGAUUCCUAGCACAGCGGCCACAAAGAGGAACUAUUACAUGGCCAAGGAGAUGGGAAAGCGUGCUGCUCGUCAAUUAGCAGAAGAGUGGCCAACUUUGUUUGCAUUCGAUCGAGAUGAACCUUACCUCCCUGCCUUCCGUCCUCAAAAACCCUCUGAUCCAUUAAAGGUUGACCCUACUGAGGCGAACCUACUUUCGAUGAUUGAAAAGCGUGAAGUGCAGGAUGCAGUAAUAUUGUACGAACGAAUGAGAGGAGAGAACAUUGAAGUGUCGGAGAAAACGCAGCUGGAACUUUUCCAACUCCUCACUUACUACAACGGAAAGAAUGUUCCUUUCUCUGAGUGGGAAGAAUGGCAUGGAAUGCGUACAUUCGGUGAAAAUGACCCGAACACUUGGACGCAGGGUGGUUUAGCUGACCUCUUGUACGAGGUGUUGCCGCACACUCCUGAGACAACCUCUGCAAUGAUAGCUGGUUUAGUUAAGUUCGCAACUCCAGAGAGCUUAACUAGAGCGCGAGAGCUGUUCAAGGAAUUGUCGUCCUCGGGUACUCCAUGCCAAGAGGCAUACGACACAUUAAUAUCUGUCUCACACUGGAAAGAAGCACAGUCGUUGAUGAAAGAAAUGGCCGAGAAAAAAGUGAAGCCAACAAUAAGCACAUGGAAUUCUUUGCUGGAUGCAUCUAAAAAGAUAAAUAACUUGUCAGAACGCCUAUCAGCUUUCGAGAAAGUUAUUGGAGAAAUGAAAGCGGUGGGAGCAGUUCCUUCUCUCCAUUCGUACCACAUAAUCUUGAAUAGUAUCUCUGAAACGUCACGGCUGGGCGAUGAUAAACAUGGAGAGGAGAAGCGUGAUACAGCCUUGACAGUAGCAGUAUCAUGGCUUUCUGAAAUGUUGACGGAUCUAGAACAUCGUGCGCCACUUGACAUUUUAUCCGUAAAGGAUCACUUGUUCUUCCUGGAUGCUAUGGGAGUUGCUCAUCAAGCUGGAAAUCUCGAGAUUGCUGAACGACUAGUAAAACUGUACGAAAGUGCUGCUAACAACGUAAAAAUGCCUGCUCUUACAGCUGAGGGAAUAUUCUACAACAGAUAUCUGCUCCUUUUUAUUGAACGAACGGUUUCGAUGGAGGAAAUUGAGAAGAAAUAUAAGGAGCUGGUCCCACGACUCGUUGGAGUAUCUAGGCAACUGACUUUGGCUGUAUCCGAAAAGCUGAAGCAGUCUCCCCGCUGGCCAUUCCUCGUUCGUUUGAUUGAGGAUGGUAUAUGCGCUCGACAAAUGGUGGACGUUCGGAUCGGUCAAACUUUCAGGGAUCUUCUAGCCAAUACUCAUUAUCAAGCUCUUUCCAUAGAACAUCGGGAAGAAUAUGCUAAUCUUAUUCGUCGCUUGGUUGAUAUUUGGGUGGAAUUCAGUCGUUUUACGGAUGAAAGACAAAGAAGACUGCAAUUGAAAUUGUCACCGAGUAUGAUUGCUGAAUGUGCAGCGCUGCUCAAUCGAAUAGGUGACUCUCAGAGAGCUUACGAACUUCUCGAAAUGCUUCUGGACCCUGAGAAUUCGGAGGGGGAGGCGGCAACCGUUCUAAAUGCUGGACAUGCCAGAAAUUCAGCAAUGUUUGAAUUAUUCGAAGACGCCCUCCGGGAGCGUGACCCAUACAAAGCUGCCACGUGCCUAGAAAUUAUGAGCGUCAACAUGCCACGAAACAAACUGGAAGGUCUAGUGCAACGGAUAGAGGAUAGGUGUCAUUUGUCUGCUGAUCAAAAAAGGAUACUAAGUGGUUCAAAACACGAUCAACUCCGACCAGCACAGAGGAUCGAUCAUUUGGAGAAUAGCCGCAGCCAAGCGGUCACAUCUCUUAGAUCAUCAAAAGGGAUGGCCACUUUAUUGAGGACACGUAAUCCGAAACUUAUUGGAGGACUGAUUGUAGCCGUUGGUGGAGCUACAGCUUUCUAUUCUGUUUGUCCACAGGCGAAGUCAUUUUUUUGGUGUAACGGUGUUGAUUCGGCUACGAUUCAAAAAAUUGACGAUGCUUACCUGAAGCUCAAUGGUCCCGAGGGUGCAACGUGCAAAUCGUUGUUGAAAAAGCACCUCACUAAAGACGUCGUUGAAAAGCUGAAACACAAAAAGACAAAAUUGGGAGCCACUCUAUACGAUUGCAUUCGUUCAGGCGUUUAUAACUUGGACGCAGGAGUUGGUGUUUACGCUCCGGAUGCAGAAUCAUACAAGACUUUUUCACUGCUUUUCGAUAAAAUCAUCGAAGAUUACCAUGGAUUUGGUCCGAACCAGAAACAACCACCGGUUGACCUAGGAGAAGGUAAAACGGCGGAAUUCCCUCCACUUGACCCGAAAGGAAAAUACAUCCAGUCUACCCGUAUAAGAUGUGGCCGAUCACUUGCUGGAUAUCCUUUCAAUCCUUGUUUGACGCAGGAGAACUAUUUGGAAAUGGAAAACAAGGUCAAGAAAGCAUUCGAAUCGUUCACGGAUAAGGAGUUGAAAGGGAAAUACUAUCCUCUGGAUGGAAUGACAAAAGAAACUCAGAACAAACUUAUCGCCGAUCAUUUCCUUUUCAAAGAGGGCGAUCGACAUCUCCAAGCGGCGAACGCGUGCAAAUUUUGGCCUAAGGGUCGUGGAAUCUAUCACAACAAUGAUAAAACGUUCUUAAUUUGGGUAAAUGAAGAGGAUCAUAUGCGAAUUAUUUCAAUGCAAAAAGGAAGUAACGUUGGUGAAGUACUGGAACGAUUGAUUAAAGGAGUUAGAAGCAUUGAGAAAGUGGUCCCGUUCUCUCGUGAUGAACGUCUCGGAUGGCUGACAUUUUGUCCGACAAAUCUCGGAUCAACAGUUCGAGCUUCUGCUAUGUGUGAUAAAUUAAACCUUCAAGUUCGAGGAAUCCACGGAGAACACACAGAAUCUGAUGGUGGAGUUUAUGACAUCUCAAAUAAGGCUCGUCUCGGUCUUUCUGAGUAUCAGGCUGUGAAGCAAAUGUACGACGGCGUGAAAGCACUGAUCGCAGCUGAAGAGAAACUGUAG